AUGGUAGCAGCAGCCAUGGUCUCCGAGGUGACAGUCCAUGCUGCUGUAAACGUCGCCGAACUGUUCGAACUUGAAGCUAAAUUAUUGUGUGGUGGAAAAAAUAUCCGGGAUCACACGAAUGAACAGCAACAAAUUUUAGAGAAGCAACGUCAAGAAUUAGCUGAACAAAAGUGCAGGGAACGAGAAAUAUUGAAAAAGCUUCAUGAGGAAGAAGAAAGCACUAUUGAGAAGAAAGGAACAUAUGACUCCCUGCAGCAAGAAGUGGAAGUCAAAACAAAAAAAUUGAAAAAAUUAUUUCAACGCUUGCAAGCUCUGAAGGAAGAUAUCAAUGAUGAGCAGGAAAUCAACUCAUUUGAAAGACAGGAAAAAGAAGGGACCAUUGAAACAUUAACGAGAGAUUUAAAACUAUCGAAUCUAGUCAUUGACAAUUUUAUAAAUCCAGAAGAUAAAGCUAAAUUUUUGGAAAAUGUUAAGUAUGAUGAAGAUGAAGAUUGCUGGAUAAUUUACCCAUCACAAAAUCUGAGUUACUCUCAUUUCAAUCCAGCUGAACGACCAACUUCAGCUAACCAAUUCAGAAGACCAACAACAAGUUUUGCUGCAAAGAUGAAUAAAUUGUCACCUAAUCCCAGAUUUAAGUCUGAAAAUAUAGCAGUUGCUGACUUUGCAAUGCCCAGAACGCGUACAAUUGAUCAUUAUGAACCAGAUAUAGAUCCUUAUGCUAGAGAAGCUGUUAGUAACCUACUCUCUACUGCAGUGUUUCAUGUUCAAACUGUGGAUACUAGCACUGAUCCAAAUUCAGACUGUCCCUUUAGUCCAGACAGUCUCCAGGGGAAAAAUUGGAGAAGGACUCGAACAUCAACUCCACAUUCAAGGCAAGUCAAAGCAAAGACAGAUGUCGAAAAAUAUCCUGUUCCUCGUGGAUUGGUUCCAAAAUAA